UCCCGGCCAGUGCCUCUGCUUCCGGCUCGAGUUCUCUCUCCUUACACACGCUUCGCCAUGUCCGAGACCGCGCCUGCUGCGCCCGCCGCACCGGCCCCUGCCGAGAAGACACCCGUGAAGAAGAAGGCCCGUAAGGCCGCAGGUGGCGCGAAGCGCAAAGCCUCCGGGCCCCCGGUGUCCGAGCUGAUCACCAAGGCUGUGGGCGCCUCCAAGGAGCGCAACGGAGUGUCCCUGGCAGCGCUCAAGAAGGCGCUGGCGGCAGCGGGGUACGACGUGGAGAAGAACAACAGUCGCAUCAAGCUCGGUCUGAAGAGCCUGGUGAGCAAGGGUACCUUGGUGCAAACCAAGGGCACCGGCGCCUCCGGCUCCUUCAAACUCAACAAGAAGGCGGCUUCCGGUGAGGCUAAGCCCAAAGCAAAGCGGGCAGGCGCGGCCAAGGCGAAGAAGCCUGCGGGCGCAGCCAAGAAGCCCAAGAAGGCUGCGGGAGCAGCCACCCCCAAGAAGAGCACCAAGAAGACUCCAAAGAAAGCAAAGAAGCCAGCUGCAGCUGCAGGAGCCAAAAAAGCUAAGAGCCCGAAGAAGGCAAAAGCAACUAAGGCUAAGAAGGCGCCCAAGAGCCCUGCCAAGGCGAAAACGGUAAAGCCCAAAGCGGCCAAGCCAAAAACCUCCAAACCUAAGGCAGCUAAGCCAAAGAAAACCGCAGCCAAGAAAAAGUAAAUUUUCUUUGGCCAACUGCUUAGCCCAACAACCCAAAGGCUCUUUUCAGAGCCACCCACGAGUCUCAGUAAAAGAGCUGUUGCACAUUUAGGGGGCGUGGUUAGGGUGGGAACGCUACCUAGUGGGCUGAGCUUCCCAGAGAAGAGGCUGGGGAUGUGGGUGUGUGCAGUGGUAUUAACUCCAACUAAGCUAAGGGUAUGUGUAGUUACUCUUUCCCGUCUCGUGUGUGCGUGCGGGGGAAGGGGCGCCCGGGGGAGGGCUGGUUAUAGUAGCCCACAAAUGACCCUUAGAGACAAUAGGAGUAAAUAGUUUAUCCUUGGCUGCCACGUCGAUGUGCAGCUAACUUACGGAAGCAAUUUAGUGGUAGAAUCGUAAGCACUAAGUGGUUAAGUACAGAAGGAGUUGAAUCAGUGUCCUGACAACCCCCGCCCGAAUCUCACCGCAGUUCCGACUGCAAUCAAGCAUACAGACCCGGCCGGAGUCUUUUUUUUUUUUUUUCUUCAGUAUUUUCCCAUGUUUUAUAGCGAUCGUACUAAUAGGUUAGCUAUAGCAGAUUUGUGCAGUUUAAUUCAUACUUCCCGAUUGGUGAAAGCGAAGUGACAAGACAGCCAAUGAGACAGUAGACCUUCAAGUGUCGUUUACGUUCCUGUUCGUGACGAAACACUAAAACUAAUCCAAUCCUGAAGGAAAUCUUAUUAGCCUCAUUUGAAUACUGCGUAACGUAAAUGAAUGUGGUGUAACUGGGUAGUUAUUUUACCAAAUGUUUGUUUAGUGUACCUGUGGGAGGGAGUUAAAUCUUGCGCAAUGCCGGAGCUGGCGAAGUCCGAGCGUGCCCCAUAUAAGGUCUGUCACCAACAAACAGAACAGCAAGAGCGCGAACACAGCUGAAAGGAGAGCUUCUCAUUGUAAGUGUACAAGGUGCUGAAGCACCCCGACUUGAGCAUCUCGUCCAAAGCCAUGGGCAUCAACUACAUUUUAAAGCGCAUUGCCUGCGUCGUGCCGCAUUACAAAAAGCGCAUGACCAUCAUAUCUCAGUUGAUCCAGACGACCAUUCUCCUGCAUUGCCCAGGAAGCUGGCCAAGCACCAAGCCUGUCACGAAGUAAAGAAGCCAAGUAGGCAUUUUCACCAGUGAUUUCAAAGACUUUUAAGAGCUAGACAUUCUUUCAACAAAUGAAUUGUAGUUGUUUCAAGUAACCUUAAACUUAAAGCUA